CUGCGGACGGGCUCCCCACGUGAUCGUGACGUCAGGCAUCCGCGCCAGCUGGAGGCCCUACGCUUCCGCGAGCUCCUGGUCGGGGGUCUAGGUGCUUCACGCUGCGGUGUUGUUGGUUUUGGGGUCUUUUUCUGUAGGAUCUCGGGGCCUGGUCUUGGACUCCACGAUGUACCACAACAGUAGCCAGAAGCGGCACUGGACUUUCUCCAGUGAGGAGCAGCUGGCACGACUGCGGGCCGACGCCAACCGUAAAUUCAAAUGCAAAGCAGUGGCGAACGGGAAGGUUCUUCCAAAUGAUCCAGUCUUCCUUGAGCCUCAUGAAGAAAUGACCCUCUGCAAAUACUAUGAGAAAAGAUUAUUGGAAUUCUGUUCUGUUUUUAAGCCAGCAAUGCCAAGGUCUGUCGUGAUGUAUGGUUCUGAGAACCUGUUUGUUUUUGCUGGGGUGGGCAAUGGUGAGGAGAAAUAG